UUGGUUAGAAAUCGCUGCAAAACGUGGGAGAUUUUUUCUUUUUUAAACGAUUUCGUGAAUUUAGUGAUGAAGAAACUCUUCCGACCUUUCGCUAGACUAUAUUUUAUGCUACCAUGAAUCGGACAUUCUUGACCCCCACCUUCAAUAAAUCAAAAAUCUCUGCAUCCCCGGCUGUCAGCUGCCGUUUGGUUCAAAAAGGCUGUGGAAGUUCGAAGUUUUCGUGCGGUCUCAAAUACCGCUCCGGAAGUUUUCCAAAGCAAAUUAGCAUCAUUUGCAAUACCCGCCGUGGUUCCGGUUGGAAAAGUAGGCCGGAAAAGUGUAAAAUACUUGGAGAGCCGCUACGCUCGUGGAAAAGCGCUGGGAAAAUUCCGGUCGGAAAAUGGGUUCGCGAGGAAUCUUACAGAUUAUCUCACCGAAAGGCAUUGCCAUACUAAACACCCGAUUUCCAGGGCGUGUCGCCUGCGACACCCUCACCCGGCAUCUCUCCACACCGGCCGCCUUCCAGCGGUUAUCGAACGAGCCGGUUAAGAAAGGUGCCUCGUUGCGUACCGUGCGGUCAUUUUACACUUCAAACAUUCUGCGUAAAAAGGACUACUACAGUACACUCGGAGUGACCAAGAACGCGUCGCCGAAAGAAAUCAAAAAAGCGUACUAUCAGCUGGCGAAAAAGUAUCAUCCCGACACGAACAAAGACGAUCCGGAUGCGGGACGCAAGUUUCAAGAAGUUUCCGAAGCAUACGAGGUUCUGAGCGAUGAAACGAAGCGAAGUGAGUACGAUACCUACGGACAAACGUCGGAACAGAUGGGCCGAAGCGGCGGAAGCCGACCGGGAGCCGGAGCUGGGCCCCAGGGAUUCUCACAAAACUGGCAGUUUCGUUCGACAAUCGAUCCGGAGGAGCUGUUCCGGAAGAUUUUCGGCGAUGGCGGCUUUCAGUCGGGAUUUGACGAUUUCAGCGAUUCCAAGUUUGGGUUUGGUGGGGCGCAGGAGAUUAUCAUGAAUCUAACCUUCGCACAAGCGGCUCGUGGUGUAAAUAAGGACAUUGAUGUAAACGUGGUGGACACGUGCCAGAAGUGUAGUGGUUCCCGGUGUGAGCCGGGCACCAAGCCGGGUAAAUGUCAGUACUGCAAUGGAACGGGUAUGGAAACGAUAUCGACUGGACCAUUUGUGAUGCGUUCGACAUGCCGGUAUUGCCAGGGUACGCGGAUGUACAUCAAAUACCCUUGCCUCGAGUGUGGAGGCAAGGGACAGACGGUUCAGCGGAAACGAGUGACUGUCCCAGUGCCUGCGGGCAUCGAGGAUGAGCAAAUGGUGCGCAUGAAUGUUGGCAGCAAAGAAAUUUUCAUUAAAUUUAAGGUGGAGAAAAGUCGCUACUUUCGGCGGGAUGGAGCUGAUGUACACACCGAUGCCUCAAUUUCCUUAUCACAAGCCGUCCUAGGCGGUACCAUCCGUGUGCAGGGUGUGUACGAAGACCAGACCAUUCAGAUUCCACCGGGAACAUCGUCACAUAAGGUCAUCAAUCUCACUGGCAAAGGACUGCGGCGUGUUAACAGCUAUGGGAGUGGAAAUCAUUAUAUUCAUUUGAAAAUUCAAACUCCCACCAAGUUGACGACCCAGCAAAAGGCUCUACUACAGGCUUACGCAGAACUCGAGGAAGAUACUCCUGGCCAGAUAAUGGGAGUUACGUACAGGAGUGACGGUAAGUCCACAGCAUCCUCUUCGUCCACAGCUUCUUCCUCCUUUACGUGGUCUUCGGAGAAUGUCUCGGAGAAACAAACGCAGGGCACUCGAGAUGACUCGUAUCAUGACUAUAAACCACACGAUGAAACUGAGACACAUGAUUACCAAAAAGAGCAGCUUGGCUCGAGAUUCUACUAUUCGCUUGGCGUACUAUUAGUGCUCUGUUGUUUCGGAUAUUACUGCCUCAAUCAGAGCAAUGCCCAGUUCGAGCAGGAACGUGCGCUUGCUAUCGAACGCCAGCGACAGGACCAACUCUACCACAGACUUAAAAGUCCUUCCGAUGAUACGACGUAGGAAACGAGAGGAGAGGGGGAAGAUGUUUGAGAAAGCGAACAUCGAUUGUUAAGUGGUGAUUGAUUCCGCGGUCCCAAGGACUUUGCUAGAAAAAAGUAUCAAAAUAAAAUAGGCAAAAGACCUCCGCUUAACAAUCGCUGUUUGUUUCAUUGCUCGCUCGUGCUGAU